AACGAUACCGGCAUCAUCAUUAUUAAAAAAAUUUUAUAUUAACCCUUUUCAACAGUAUUGAUCAUCAUCAUCAUUGAUCCAUUCACAUGAUAUAAUGGCAACAAAACAAGAACAAUUCAUCAAUGAUCUUGUACAAUUUUAUCGUAAUCGUGGAAUUUCAUCUGCUCAUCCAUCACAAUUCGUUGCACGAUUGAAUGGAAAAAAUGUUGAUCUUUCUGAAUUAUAUGCCCGUGUUUUGGAAUUAGGUGGCAGCUAUAAAGUUAAUCAAUUCAAUCUUUGGGAUGAUAUUUAUUUUAAAUUAUUUAAAAUAAAUUAUAUUGGAGCCAAUUUUGCUGUCGCAUUACGACAGAUUUUUAAUCGUUAUUUAUUGCAAUAUGAAAAAUCCUGUAACGGAAAUUUUAGCAGCGAACAAUGGAAUGAAGAUGAUGAUGAUGAAAAUAGUGCUAUUUUUUCUAACUCUCAUCACCAUUCUGGUCAAUAUGUAAACAAUCAUCAAAAUUCAUUGAAUCAACCACCAAUAUGUGAUUAUUUAAAUAAUAUUACAGAAUCUAAUGGUCAGAUACAUAAUGAUAGUAAAUUAUAUUGUUCACUAUUAAGUGGCCUUCCAAAUGAAUUGAAAUUUGCCUAUGAUGUUGCCACCAUAUUGACCAAUAGUCAUCGAUUCGAUUGGCAUAAUGAUUUUAAAUUUAUUAAUAUUUUAGUUGAAUCAAUUAAAUCAUAUUGUUGUGUUUGUGAUCAUUUUGAUGAAGAGCUACAAUUUGGCCGUAAAGAUUUUACCGAAGAAGAUGAAAUUCUUCAUUUAGAAAACGUGAUCAAAUCAAAUUUUCAAAUUAAAAAUAAAUCCAAUGAAAACUUUGAUACUAAUGAAAAUGACAAAAAAAGAUCGACAAAUAAAUUAAAUGGAAUUUCUAAAUUAGAUGAAUUUGAAAUACCAAAAUUGAAGAAAAAUGCUAUCGAAAUUAUUGAACAUAAAUGCAGUUGCUUUCUUAAAUUUUGGCAUCAAACAUGUUCGAAUGAAGAAUUGUUGAAUUUAGUGUUCUAUGAAUCCCUUGAUGAAAUAGAUUUUGAUUCUAACGUGUCAUUCAAAGAUUUACCUACACAUUUAUGUAAAAAGAUUGAACAACGAAUAACUUUGAUCGCCGAUAUGAUACGAAAUAUUUCAUUUACAUAUGAUCAAAAUGAAUCGAAUCUUGUUGCUAUGACACCUUUGCUAAAAUUUUUAACUCUUUUAUUCUGUUCUGAUAAUGUUAAAUUCACCAACAUAUCUUUGGACAUUUUAUCGAAUAUUGCACCAGCUUUAUCAUUUUCUUUUAAACGACCUUAUGAACAUGAAUUUCUAGCACUGUUACACAUAUUAUUUAAACGUAUUGUCGAAACAUCAUUAAUAAGCAAUAAUAUCCACGAUACGACAAAAUCAUUCGAAAUUAUGGCCCGUUAUAUUUCUGCUACAAGUAAUGAGGCAAAUCUAUUGCUUGAAGCUCAUUUUCAAAAUGAUCGAAUUUAUGAACGGAUAACACAACUUCUUACAUGUCAUUACGAUAUUGCAUUAAUAUUGGCAUUGUUGGAAUUUUGCCUUGCACUUUCCGAAUCUCGACCAAACAUACUAAUUAAUAAUGAUAGCAGAACAUUUCUGAAAAUCUUAGUCAAUCUAUUGAAUUGUCAGACGGCACAAUAUUUUACUACAGGUGCAUUACAAAAGAUCAAAAUAAUUGACACUAGACCUAACGAAGAAGUGGCUCAUCGUCCAACUCAAUUUAUUCUUAAUCAUGAUAUGUCUUCGGUCACAACUACUACAACGAUUAUACCUCAUCUUCAAGUACCCACAAAACAAGAACCUCAGAUUGCAAUACAAUCUAAUUCAAAUGUUCCAACCAACAAUAUGAUCAAUCAUCAAAUUCAACAACAACAGCAACAGAUAAUACAGAAGCCGAUAAUGACACCGAUACCGGCUACCACGUUAAAUCUUAACGUUUUGGAUAAUGAAUCAUUCGCAAUCAAUUGGCUACGGACGACUUAUGAAGAAAAGGCUACAAAUUUUUCACUUAAAAUAAACGAUAUUUAUGCUGAAUAUGUUAAGCAUUGUUGCCGAAAUUCUCGCCGUAAUGUUAUCGCUGCUCAAUCAUUCAAUUUCCUCCUGAAACGAUGUUUUCCGCAAUGUCAGAUUAAUCAACAACAGCAAUCUGUUGAAGGUUUGAAUCCUAAAAUUACUAUGUCAAUUAUCGAAGAUCAGAAAAAACCGUUGAUGAACAAUACGGUCAACAAUCAGAUGUCACCUAUAUUAAAAGCACAUCUGAGUACACCUCCGAAAGCCCUACUACCAGAUGGUACGAUAAUAAAUGCAACGACACCAGCAUCCGCUGCACCUCAAACACCAACCAACGCAUCAACAUUAAUAAAAAGUUUGUUGGCUAAUAAACUUCGAAAUAAUCAGCAGCAGCAGCAACAACAACAACAUCAACAACAAAUGAAUAAUAUUGCUGCAAUACAACAGACAACAACACCCAUAGCUUCAAAUCUUGCGCCAUCAGAUGUAUCAAAACCGGUGGUAAAUGAAUCACAACCUCAACAGCAGAAAAACAUAAUAAUAUCACAGAAUUCGCCCGCUACAUCGUUCGCAUUGACUGCGCCUACCGUUUUCGGUAACAACAUUAUCGUUCCGUCUUCAAUUCACCAGUCAUUACCACAAGGUUCACUUCAAGGUUCUCAACAAAUCUUCCUCGUUCGCACCUUUAUAACAGGUCAACAAAAUUCAAAUACUCCGGUUAGAUUAUUGUUACCAGCUUCAAUGAUUCAGCAACGAUUGCCCGUUCCGCAAUGCUCUGCAGCUCCAACAGGUGCAAUCAAUAUCAAUGGUCUAACAACGGGAACACCACUUGUUCAAACUGCGUUUGUGGCAAACAAUUCCAUACAAACCAAUCCCAUGAUUUCACAGCAAUCAUCCGUUUCUCAGCAACAUUUUUUAAUAUCACAAGCAACAACUUCAACCGCUGGAAAUGCUGUUCCUGUUAUCGUUUCAACUAAUGUGACAAUACCAUCACAAUCUAGACCAGCUCCAGUAGCGGCAACAACACCUAUCAUGAAAAAUUCAUCCAUUGCGAAUUCCUCACCAUUGUUAAACGUAUUGUUGGACAAAGGAAAACUACCAGAUUUUCCUAAUCAACGCAAUUCUUCAGUUGCUCCUACGAUAGCAUCCAUAACUUUGAAUACACCGAACACUACACCUCAACCUCAGAUAAUUCCUACGGCUGCAACUGUGCCCACAUCUGUUGCCCAACCGAUAAACACUACAAUCAUCCCGAAUCAACCUCCUACAUCAGCUCCAAAUACUGUUAUAGCACAACCUAAGAUGAUAUUUCUUGCGCCAAAUAAUCAAACACCAACAGUGAAACCCACAAGCGUUGAAUCAUCAGCCAAAUUAAUUGUUCCCGAUGUCAAACCGACACCAAACAUAACAGCACGACAAGCAUUGGUGAACAAUAUUCGAUUAACCACUCCAGCGUCAACAGCACCGGUAACCAUUGUGAAUGGUGACCUAAAAACGCCCGGAAAAAUGAACAUUUUGACACCAACAAGCGCCGAAAUUUCUUGCCAUACAAAACAUUCAUUGGAAAAUCAAGCAACCGAACUUAACAAAAGAUUGAAACUUAAUGAACCAUCACAAGUUGUUCAAACAAAAUCUAAUGGUAUUUCAUUGCCAACCCAAGAAAUAGCCAAGAUAUCAGCCCCAAAUGUGCAGAUUAAAAUGAUUGAACAACAAAAAGUUUGUCCGAACAAUUCCAGCCUUGAAUUCGAAUGCCAAUGGAAUAAUUGCCAAAUGAGAUUCUCCAGAGCAUCGGACGUUUUCUAUCAUGUACAUUCUCAACACAUAAUGACGCCUUCAUGUCCGAAUUUUAUGAAUUGUCUUUGGGGAGGUGCUGAAGGACGGGGACCAGGAUGUCUUUCGAAACGGCCUAAAUUAUCUUUACUUACACAUUUACAGGAUUAUCAUUGCAACCCAAAUGCAUUAAAACAAGAAUUAGAACGAAAAAAGCAAAUAGCUUCGACUGGUUCAACCAACAUAAUACUUCCUGCUCCACCAGCGCAUCCGGGUUAUGCUCAGAAUGCAGCUAUGUUAGCUAUUCGCCGUUAUACAAAUAAAACAAUGCAAGAAGCAUCGGAACCAAUUACUCCACUAACCCCAUUAACAGUUAGUAUUCGUUUGACAACAGCAUUAAUACUGAGAAAUUUGGCUAAAAGAUCUCAUUUCAUUAAAAAAUCACUGGAAUUAUUUGAAUCAUUGCUUUGUGAAAUAUCUGCUGCUGAGGACAGAGAUGAAUCAAGAACGAUUGCCCAAUGUUUGGCUGUCUUAAAUGAACAUAAAUAAUUAU